AUGCUGUAAGUUAAGAUUACUGACCCCAGAGGUGAAGAAGUUGUUCCUGAGACAGUUGACAACUUCCUGUUCGCGCGCACUCUUCUGUCAUUAACGAGGCGACUGCGCGAAAAAUAUGAGGGAUAAUACAAUGUGUCCUCCAAAAUACUGUAUGGCCAAAGAGUGGGCCUUUGAAAGAGCGCCAUUUUCAAGUAUUUAGGCGCUAAUGAGACAGCCAAUCGGGAGCUCGCGGGGCGGUUCUUGAUCUCAUUAGCUUUUCAAUAGCAGGAUUUGCAUAAUCAAAUCAAUAAAGAGUGAUUUGUUGCUUAUUUUAUAACUUUAUAUUUUUUUGAGUGAUGGUCGCAUCCAAUGAUGACUUUCCCGUGUUACGGUAGCUACAAGCGUUUCUCUUUUUUAAUGUUUCGAUUGUGAAUAUUUGAAUAUUACAGCCGACGACGGCAGAAACGAUCACGAAAACGACGACUAUGGUGCCCAUUAUUUUAUAUUCCGUUCUUUAUCAUCUUUGCGGUGACCUCCGGCUACCUUAUACAUGUAUGUCGUCUUAAUUACCCGUAAUUUAUAUUAGAUCUUGGAAUAUCAAGAAAGUUAUGAUGGAGACAAAGAUGCGAUGAGCAAAUGCAACCAUUUUAAACAAGAUAUAACCCAGAUUAUACAGAAUCAAACUGAUCUUUCAAUUGUAAACGAAGAAUUAGACAAAUUUCAGAAAUGCAUGAAGUAAGGUGUAGUGCAAUAAGUUAUUGUUUUUGUAGGGCUCAAGUUAUAGUCUACGGCAUGACGUUCAAAAACAGCAUUACUUAUGUGCUUAGCGUGAUCACAACCUUAGGAUACGGCGAUCUUGUAUGUUUUUUGAUUGAUUAUUUUUAUCCCGUAUCUUAGAUUCCUUUCACGGUAGCCGGUCGUUACGCAACGAUGGUAGUAUCGAUCAUUGGGAUUCCCUUGUACAUCUCUUUCACCUCGGAUACUGCCGUUCUUCUGUCAGAUAUCAUCUCAUGCAUAGUUGCAAUCCUGAAUCGACGUUUCCUUCAUCGGCAUUCAAAUGGAUCAAAGACGAUGAACACACUUUUUCUAAUCAUCUUGUUUAUGAGCUAUAUUCAUUUAGUGGCUGCUGUAUUUUAUAUGAUCGAAAGACAGCAAGAAUGGACUUAUCUUGAAUCUUUGUAUUUUACAUUUACAUCAAUGACCCUGAUUGGCUUUGGAGACUAUCUCCCGAGCCGCCAUUUAUUUCCGUUUGUUCAUCUUCCUUUUAUCGCCUUGGGGCAAACAAUGCUGGCCAUGAACUUCUACAUAAUAACAGUAAGUUCCAACUAUUGUAACUGGACAUUGGGCCCAACAGAAACAGAUGAGAUUUGUGAUCCCACGCAGAUUUUCCAUUUUCUGUUUGCAAGUAAUGCUGGGAAAGGGGACCAAAGAAACGGACGAUUCAGACGACGAAUGUGUGCAGACAAAUCCAAUGUGCAUUCAAGUCAGUGAUGAGGAAAGUAAGCCCUGACCUUAUCCCUCAUUAUCCGCUUAGUAAAAGAAAGAAGUCCAUUGAUGAAACGAGUAAAACAAUCAAUUGAGAAUAUUCUGCCAUGGAGCGAAGAGUCAGGACCGAUUGAAACGUCAUCACACACAUACAGCGCUCACGCGAGGUUCAGCUGA